AUGUUUACUAGUAUCACCUUUGACUUUCGAGCACUCGAACCAAUUGUCGAUCCCGCCGCAAUUCUUACACUGGGAUCCUUUAAGGCCAUUGUAGUGGGAUCAAAGCUGGUCUGGUACGUUUCAAAUGCGAUGGGGUACAGCGGGGGUUACCCGGAGCGCUUCAAAUCACUGCAGAAAAUUUAUUGGGGCACUCUUCAAUCCCCAAUUAAGUUAUUUUGGAGGCGCGGAUCGGGUGGCGUUGUCACUCUGUAA